GCAGUGACAGAUGGUGUGUAAAAUGCCUAAACUUCCUGUCCUGAGAGUAUGUAUUUAACAGUAUCACCCAGACUGUCACUUUGAGAGACCGUGGUGGAGAAUCCGCAUCUUCAGAUAAAGUAAAGCCUACUUUAAUCCACUCAAUGGCAUCGACACAUUUACAGAAGACAAAAGAGCUGAAGAUGAAUGAGGAGAUAUACGCAAAUUCAAGGAUGGCCCAAGACAUCACGUCAACGAUUUCACAUGACAGCAACGAUUAUGAGGACAUCUACGCCAAUGAAGACGUCCCAGAGAUCUGUGUGACCAGAAACCAUAAAGGAACUAUGACAUCAGGAACAGAAACUUCAGGAAGCAGAUGCUACAGACUGGCUGCAGUCUGCUGUCUGGGGCUGCUGUGUGUUCUCCUACUGACAGCCAUCACAGUGCUGUGGGUCAAGUUCACCGCAGAAAAAGAGCGUUUACAGAUCAGGUACAACAACCUUACUAUAGAGAGAGACCAGCUACAGAGCAUUUACAGCAACCUGACUGCAGAGACAGCAAAGCUCCAGACGAGAUGUAGCAACCUGACGAAAGAGAGACAUGGGCUUCUGCAGAGAUUUUCAGAUUUGGGUUGGAUUUACUUCAACUCUAGUAUAUACAACAUCUCUACCGAGAAGAAGAGCUGGGAUGAGGGCAGACAGGACUGCAGAAAGAGAGGAGCAGACCUGCUGAUCAUAAAGAGCAGAGAAAAACAGGAGUUUGCUGCAUCCAUACUGAGCAACAGAGAGGCUUGGAUCGGUUUGACUGACAGUGAGACAGAGGGGGUCUGGAAAUGGGUGGACGGCUCAGUUCUGACCACUGGGUUCUGGAAUACGGGAGAGCCAAAUAAUGGAGGUGAAGAAGACUGUGCACAGUUUUUGGGUUAUCCUGAUAAGAGGAGCUGGAACGACAGGAGAUGUUCAGUUUCUUCACAGUGGAUCUGUGAGAAAAAUUUUUUUUGAGUGACAGGUACAUGAGGCAGAUGGUCAGAAGGAAGCAAAUUCGUGUGACCUUAUAUUCCAUUCAUCUAUCUGAUCUCCUGCUUUCUAACUUAAUGCUAACAUUUUAUUUCUCUUUGACAUGUGCGGUUCUGUAUGAGUAAUCAGGUGUCUUUGUGAGUAUGAGUUGUGAGACUGCCCUCUGUUGGCAAAGACACCAUGUUGCAGGACAUUGUGUCAUUAAAGGACAUAAAUCCUA